CAACAACAUGACACAAACAACGAAAACGGCGACCAUUUCACGAAAGACGAACGAGACGGACAUUCAUGUCAACCUCGCACUCGAUCAGUAUCAAGCCCAGUCGAUUGAGGUCAACACAGGGGUUGGAUUUCUCGACCAUAUGCUACAUGCGCUAGCAAAGCACUCCCGCUGGUCUCUUACUCUCACCUGCAAGGGCGACCUUCAUAUUGACGAUCACCAUACCGCUGAGGACUGUGCCAUUGCCCUUGGCUACGCCUUCAAGCAAGCGCUGGGCCCACCUACCGGUAUAAAGCGUUUUGGUUACGCGUAUGCUCCAUUGGACGAAGCGCUAUCUCGAGCUGUUGUGGAUGUUUCGGGGAGACCCCAUGCUGUGGUGGAGUUGGGAUUGAAGAGGGAGAAAAUUGGCGAUCUGAGCUGUGAGAUGAUUCCUCACGUUAUCGAGAGCUUUGCUACCAGCGCUGGAUUGACGGUUCAUGUUGAUGUGAUCAGGGGAUUUAAUGAUCAUCACCGUGCGGAGUCUGCUUUCAAAGCUCUUGCAGUUGCACUGCGUGAGGCCAUUUCGCCCUCGGGAGCACCAAAUGACGUUCCAAGCACCAAAGGAACUUUGACUGCUUAAUGUAGAGUGUACCAUAAGUGUGCUUUCCAUCAUAUUUUUCUAUAGCAACUAACUGUAUCAUAAUGUAGUCUCAAUAAUGAUAGUAUCCAAUAGAAAUGAUUCGCUUGCGAUUUGAAGUGGUGAAUAGGUGUACUCAUUCCAAACCCCA